GGAGACAAAGUUAGUAAAGAAAAAUGCCCCUUUUGUGUCUUAAACACGGGACGCCUAGCCUCACGGGUGGGAUGCUAAGGGAAACAUGUCCUAGGGCUGGUAUCUCUUUAAGGCCAUUACAUGCUUUCCUAAAGGGCAUUAGGCCUUCUCAACCAUUUAUCCUUUCGGAAUCAAUGGGAGAUAUUUCCAAAAGCUAAUACACAGAAUGAUAUUACAUCAUCAGGUGUCGUAUUAACCAAUGGAAACAACCUAAUGGGAACCGAUCUUACUCCUCAAAGCGAGAAGAAUUGCUCUU